AUCACCGUUUAGCACCAUUGAAUGUGCAACAUAUAUUCCAGGCACGUACGUGACAGCGGACUGUCCUGAAGCCCGUAGGAAUCUCGCGCUCUGCUAGAGUGUGAGAGAGCAGCGCGCGCGGCACAGACCGCAGUGGAAUGUAUCGGGGAUUCCCGGCGCGCGAGUCCUACGCGCGGGGCAAGAGCCGUCGAUCAUUCAUCAAAGCCCCAAGAAAACACCUGAGUAGGUGAAGCAUGGCCAGUGAGAGUAGCUGGAAUUACUAUGCCUGAAGGCACGUGGCAAUUGUGUCCAUGGAGACAGAUGGCAGCUUUACUGAGGGUCAUGGUCUGUCCCUCUUUCAGGCAGAAGACAGCAUGGGGGCCGGACUCACACAGCAGGACGGGACGUGGCUUGGUUUCCAGGCUACAGUGAGCGCCGUACUGCUGUUGGAACUGCUAUUGGGAGUGGGUGGAAACCUGACAGUGUUGGUAUUAUACUGUGGUCACUGCAGCCUGUUGGAGUCCGUCAGUCAUGCGGUCACACUCAGUCUGCACACUCUUGACCUGCUACUCUGUCUCCUCUGCCUACCAAUCACUGCCACUCUCCUCAUAUUGGGCGGAGCCUCGGUUCCUCACCACGCCCUGAUCUGCUGCCUUCAUGAAUCAGCAGCCAGCUUCGCCAGCGUGGGAACCGCACUCAACCUGUUGCUCAUUAGCUUAGACCGCUAUGACAUCAGCGUCCGUCCAGCCAAUCGUUUACUGACACCUCGAAGGGCAACCAUUUUACUUGUCGGAGUGUGGGUGGUUUCUUUAGCUGUGCCACUCCUACCAUUUGUGGAGGCGGGGUUUGUUUCGGUUCAAGGCGAGGGAGUGUUUAUGCACUCCAAUAGCACUGUGCUUUGUUCGGAGUGGGGAGGAACUCUACAGGCCCAUCUGUUAUUACAGGUACCAGUGUUCCUGUGCUCUCUAGCUGUGAUGCUGUUUACAUACUCACGUAUUCUUCAGGCACUGCGCAUUCGUAUUGGACGCACAUCAAGGCCGCAUCAAGACAAAAAACGGCCUGCCCAUCGCCUCUGGUUACGCCAUAAAAGGUCAACAAAGUCACCUGAUCACACAACAAGAAACACACCCAUCUCCCCCACGCCUUUCUCUACUGGACCGCUUAUCGCCUCAGAUAUGGUUACUACAGUAACCAUCAACACUGAGACAAACACUACCCCACUUAGCCCCACCCCUACUGUAUCUGUAAUAACCUCCCCUUUAAGUCCCAUGCCGACUGCAUCCAUGGUAACCACACCUUUGAGUCCUACAGCGUCUAUGUCUGUUCUAACUAGUCCCUACAUUCCCACUCCUGCCACAUCAUCAGUGACCAUGACUUUGAGCCCCACACCCACUGUGUCGACACUAACCACACAAGUGAGUCCCGCUCCUGUCCAUGGUCCACCCAGUAUGGGUGUGGGCGCCUCAGUAUCAGCCAUCUUGGCUCUGCGUCGAGCAGUUCGCCGCCACAGAGAUCGGAGGGAGCGUCAAAGACGCGUCUUUCGUAUGUCCGUUAUAAUCAUCCUCUCUUAUCUCCUGUGCUGGGCACCUCUCUCUAUUAUGCCCCUUCUCAUGCUAGCCAUCGGGCCCUCUGAUUGGCUAGAACGUCUGAGACUGUGCUUCCUGGUCCUUGCUUAUUGGACUGUAGUACUGCAUCCAUUGCUAUACGCAUUCACACGGCAAAAAUUGCGUAAAGUUCUGCAUACACGCCUGCGUAAACUGCGUCCGCAAAACACGCAGACUUGUAUUCGUACUAACUCCAGGAUCCGCCGCAAGUAUAGGAUGGAUUGCAGUGAUGCCACUGACCGCUGCCUGACAGAGGCUGUUAGAGAGUGAUGGCAAGAUUUUGUGUGUCUGUGACAAAUGGAUGUAGGUAAGAGUGCUGAAAAGUGUGCAGGAAAUAGGGGCGUAGCAACUACUAAAACUGUAAGGGACCCCCCCCCCCUUUUAAGUAUAUCUCGACAAUUUUUUGGAAGUUCUAAAUUCUAACUUUGGAGAUUACAUUUUAAAAGUUUUUUUUUUGCUUGGCUGUGAUGCGAAAAAUUGUCAACAGAAUGGGAUUUUUGCCCAUAUCGCAAGUUUCACGUUGCAUGUAAAACCUUUACUGCCGUUCUUACCACUUAUCCAAUGUGCGCAAGUGUUGUGCGCAUACCUGUUUAUGUUUUGAAUGAAAAGUAGAGAAUAAGCCAAUGAUUUCAAAUCUCAUGUAAACGCGGGUUUCUUGUGUUGUCUGAUUUUUGAAUAAGCUAAUUUGUGACAGUUGUCAGUUUAUUGGAGUGCAUGUAAAUGCACUCAAUGUGAAGCAACCCCCAAAACUUUUCAUAUUGUUCCUACGCCCCUGACAGAAAACCAAUAAAGUGUUACAUGUGUUAGAUGAUAUGUGUGAUGUGCUCACAUCAAUAGAGGAAAUUAAAAAAAACGUCAGUAGGUCUCUAUUGUCCACGAGUGUGUAGUAUCAUUGGCAACUUAUCAACAAAGGGUUUCUAAAGCACACUGAACUCUGAGGUCAACAGGGCACUGUCUAAUUAAUCUGUAGAGCACAAAUAUUCCCAUGGUGCUAGGAAAAGAGAGAGAGACUGAGAGAGUGUACCUACAUGCAUGAGUUUGCAAUAGGUCAUGUGCAAUAAAUUCAAAAUCCAGGUUAUACAUUGCAUGAUUUCCAUAUAAAUUAAUACCAAUUUAUUGCCAUUUGUUGUGUGGUGUAAAAAGUAGCUGUCUGCUCACCAGUACACGUACAUAUGCACAAGUUUACAGUGUCCUUCUCACUGAUAGUCUAGAUUUAUCAUUGUAUUUAUUAAUGUAUAUGAUCAGGGAUGUAAAUAGUCACAAAUAUUUCUGCAGUUAGAAACCGCAGCCAAUUUAAAUUCUGCUCUAGCAAGGGCAUGUGUACUGAUUCAAAGAAUUUCUGGAAAAUACUGAAAAAAUACUUUUCACAAAGUGUAAAUUAAUUUAUUUUACUUUAUUUGUGUCCUGUAUGUGUAUGUCCUGUCAGUGCUGUAUAUAUUAUAUCAGUUUGAGAUGGUUAUUGUAUUACUUUUCAAUAGAGGAGCAAUAAGUCUGAAUUACAGUAAUAAAA